AAAGUGAAAGUUUUUCAGUUUGUUAGAAAAUUUCUUACCGUAAAGUUGUGUUUCCUGUUUGGACCAAAUACUACUGUCGAUUUAUCGACAAUUUUUUAUUAUUCUUCCAACAAUCAUUUAGACCAGCAGUGGACGAAAAGAAAAUGUUCAUAGAAACGUGCAUAGCACCCGUCAAUAUAGCUUUAAUAAAAUAUUGGGGUAAGCGAGAUGAGGAGCUGAUAUUACCCAUAAACGAUUCAUUGAGUAUGACUCUAAGUACGGAUGAGAUGUGUGCAAAGACAACAGCAUCAGCGUGUUCAACCUACAAGGAACACCGUAUGUGGCUCAAUGGCGAGGAAGUGCCCUUUGAAGAUAAUCCGCGUGCAAUGAGAUGCUUAAAAGCUUUACAACGAUUGGCCCUGGCAAAAGGAGAAUCACUGAAAUUUCCCCUGGAAUGGAAGCUACAUAUCGUUUCGCGUAAUAAUUUCCCCACAGCUGCCGGUUUAGCAUCGAGCGCCGCUGGUUAUGCCUGCCUUGUUUAUACCUUGGCCACACUCUAUGGCAUACAGGAUGAAGAAUUAACAGCAAUUGCCCGACAAGGUAGCGGCUCUGCGUGUCGCAGCCUUCAUGGGGGUUUUGUUCGCUGGCACAAAGGUGAAGCAUCCGAUGGCUCAGAUUCAAUAGCUCUGCCGGUUGUGACCUCAGCACACUGGCCAAAUAUGCAUGUUUUGAUACUUGUGGUUAAUGAUAGUCGGAAAAAGACCAGUUCGACCAAAGGCAUGCAGCGGGCUGUAGAAACCUCCGAUCUAAUUAAAUAUCGUGCUAAACAAUGUGUUCCCCAGCGUAUUCAAGCCAUAACCGAGGCUAUAAAGCAGCGAGAUUUUGAAACAUUUGCAAACAUUACCAUGCAAGAUUCGAAUCAAUUCCAUGCCAUUGCCUUGGAUACAUUUCCACCAUGUGUGUACAUGAACGAUGUAUCACAUGCCAUUGUUUCAUUUGUACAUGCCUACAAUGCAGCUGUGGGUCUUACACGUGUUGCCUAUACAUUCGAUGCGGGACCAAAUGCCUGUCUUUAUGUGCUCAAGGAGCAUGUUCCAUCGGUGCUGCAAGCCAUACACACUUCAUUUCCCAACGAUGCUGCUGGCAGUGUUGAAUAUGUCAAGGGGAUACCAAUUGAUGGAACCGCUAGCCCAUCGUCAACACCAACCACAGCAGAUGCCAUACUCAAUGGUAACUUUACAUUGCCAACAAAUGAACGUAAUCUCCUUAAAUAUAUAAUACACACCAAAGUGGGUUUGGGACCACAACGUCUAACGAAAACCGACAGUCUUCUAAAUCCAUCAACGGGUCUUCCAUACUAAUAAAAUAAGGCAUAUGUACAAUAUAACCACAAUUAGCCGGUUUCCUUAGGCAGAACAAUUCAAGGCAUCUUUUCUUCAGCGGCACACACACGGCAUGUGUAGAAAAAAAAACAACAAACCAAUGAGUGAAAUAUUUACAAACGAACUAAUGUUUUUAAAUAAUUCCAAGGAAUUAAGAGAACAUAAUCACAACAAAACGCUUCAUAGUAAACGAUGACAAUAACGAAUGAAUUUUAAUAGCUUCUAAUUGUAAUGAUGACAACAAACUAAUAUCAUAUAUACAAAUAUAUAUUUAUUAUACAAAUACGUCCCCUCCCCCCAAUAUAUAGAAUAGUAUAUAUAUAGAAAAAGUAUUUUCCUGGCUUGGUAUCUUAAAUGAUUUUAUUUAAACAAAUGCUUUGCUUUUACUAUUUUAUAAAUAAAAAAUUAGAACAAAUUUAAUAAAGAAAAGUAGGUGAAAAUUGAUUGAAA